UGUAAACGCGCUUGUUAGCGGGUUGAGUAGCGCUCACGUUGGGUCUCCGCCCGUGUACCAGCCAACAAGGAUACAGAUUUAUAAACUGGAAUUCUCGGUGUCAUUGAAAAAGGCAACAACGAAGUCAAGUCGUCCAAGGAUCUCUGGUGGAUUUACACGGGAAUUUAAAGCUUUCUGCAAUCUGCAUUUUGUGAUUUGAUUCGACUGAUUUGACACGCAACAACCUGAUUUCUCGCCCAGCUAAAAUGUCGGUCACGGACGCCAGGCCAUUUUGCCCAACGCAAUCGACCUUCUUCCAACAGUCUGCAAGUGAAGGAGGAAAAUACAAGCGCCCCGAUUGCAACGGAAAUUUGAAACUCAAAUUUCAAGUUGAUCGAGGGUACGACCCCAUCAAGGCGGAACCAGCGAUUCAACAGCUUAGGAAUGCCGUGGCAGACUGCAAACUGAUUGACACUAGCGAAGAAUACCUCGUCAAAUGGCUAAUUGUGCAGGAUUUCGAUGUGGAUCGUGCCGAAAGGAUGCUCAGACAGUCCUUAGAAUGGCGGCGCGUGAGUGGCGCCGACGAUAUUCUGGAUUCCUACGCACCCAGCGACGUCUUGAGACAAUAUUUUUCUAUGGGACACAUCGGAAACGACAUAUUCGGCUGUCCGGUAUUCGUAUGUUGUCUGGGAAGAAUGGACAUUAAAGGACUUUUAUCGAGUUUGACCAAAAAGGAUUUCUACAAUUAUUUGACCUGGAUGUUUGAAACCUUUUCCAAGACAAUCCAAGAAGUCAAUAAUAAGCGAACAGGGUACCGCACUACUAGACAGACGAUGGUCUUCGAUCUGGAUCAAUUCUCAAUGAUGAAUCUAACCACCAAGCCAGCCGGAGCUGUUAUGAACGGAGGAGGGGCCAUUGUCGCUAUGAUCAAGUAUUACUUGUCCAACUAUCCCGAUAGUUUCCGUCGAAUUUUCGUCAUUAAUGCACCGUCGAUUUUCCCGUGGGUUUUCGGCUUCAUCAAACCUUUGCUGGCCCAGAGCGACGUCCCGAAAAUCAAAAUAUUCAAUUCCAACAAGAAAGAAUGGACAUCGGCCUUGCUGGAAGAAAUAGACGACGAGCAGCUGCCCACCUAUUAUGGAGGUAACAUGACCGACCCUGACGGCGACCCAAAAUGCCCCAGAAAGUUAAAUAUGGGAGGACAGGUACCCCAUUCUUUCUACCUGAGAAAGAAUCCACCGAUCGCCAAGGAUUACAUGGAAACGCUAAACAUCUCUGCCGGCGUCGGCGGGAAAAAGAAACUCAAAUUCGAAGUUGUCGUCCCUUAUUCCGCAAUUAGAUGGGAAUUCAUGACGGACGGUGGCGACAUCGGAUUCCGUAUCCUCAAUAAAAACGCGGAAGAAAUUGUCCCCAUGAAUCGCGUGGACAGUCAAAUCAUAAUGGAGGAAGGUCAAGUGACCUGUAACGAGCCCGGCCAAUAUGUCUUUCAGUUCGACAACACCUACAGCUAUUUACGGAAGAAAAAAGUUCACUACCAUAUCGUUGUCGAUCUGCCGGAUAACACUCAAUAAUCAAUUAGUUUUUUUUUUCUAGUGAACAAAUUAAAUACUUAAUAUAAUUAGAAUUCUACAAGGACAACAGAGAAAAAAAAACAAUUAAUAAACGAUUUGUCUCUUUUU